AUGGAAACAAGAAAUCCCAGACCCAGCCCUCAAGGUCCGGUCUCACAGGAUGGCAGUGGUCUAUGGAUGAAGAUGGAGUCACACCCUGUGACAGACCACACAGAGAGCCCAUCGGUGACACGUGGUGAGAAGCCCCAAGAUGAAUCUGAAAUCACUCCCCCUGCCCCCGCAGUGAUCACCAGGUACUACAGUGUGAUGGAUGAUGAAGGCGCAGAUGAAGUCUUCAUCCCACCUCCUCCUUCCUACAUGGCUCCUUUGCUGCCAGCAGAGGGCGGCACAGAUACUGAGGUGAAUAAUUCCACUGUGACCCUUACAGAAGGGGCAGCUGACGCCACAGAGGCUGAAGCUAAUCCCAGUGGCUUAGACUGGCAUCACAGUGACAAGCACUUAAUGGCAGCACAAAAGGUCGUGGAUGAAGUGAUAGAAGGUGCUGCGCAGGCAUCCAAGGAGUCUAUGGACACUGUAUCUUUGUCCAAAGACCAGGACUCCACUCUAUCAAAACGUCAAGACCAAGCAUCCAUGGAGGAAGCAUGUUAUGAUCCAUGCAGAAGACACAAUCAGGAAAACGCAACUGGAGAUGAAGAGUCAAAUGAGGAUCAUGAGGAUAUUGCAAUUUUGAAUGAGGGGCAGAAGAACUGGAGGAACACAGAAGCUGAGAGUGACCAAUAUCCAAAACAGGAACCCACAGGCGAUGAGGAAAACUCUGAAAAUGAGACGCUUUUUGACAAAGAGGAAGACAAAACAAAAUCCAACAUUUGUGGUCGUUUAGACUCAAAACUAACCACAGAAGAUGUCGACUACGACAAUGCGGAGACAAAUGCCCCAAAGCUUUCUAAUCCCCAUGCGAGUGACGAUGAUUUUGAGUCCUGCAGGCCAACAGAGCUCUGUGAAUGCAGCCAAAACACGACAGACACAGCAACCAAUCAGUCACAGGUACCAGAGAUCCCAACAGAGGCAUCCAAUGAUGAUGAAGAGCAUGUUGACACCAGAUCUUUGAACUACACCCUGACAAAGUAUAACUGGGCGAGGAGAGAAAGUGGAACUAUCGAAACUCAGGUGUCCCAACUCUCAAUCUCUGAAGGCUACGAAAAGAUGGCUCCAAACGAAGAGCAAGAGGAUGGAAGCAGGAGAAUAGCUACUGAUAUCCAACAAGGUGCGGAACUGCUUCAACGCCUGCAACUGGUGCAGCUGCGACAGGAAGACACAAGAGGUGAGACAAGGGGCAUGCCUGGGACUGACGUAGAUGAUCUGAAAGCAAGACAGGCCGAUCUGACAGGUGGGGAUGGGAGGGAAGAGAGUAGAAUUCACAGUGCUGAGGAUGAAGGAGCAAAGAUGAACCUGAAGGAGAAGGAAGAGAAUGAAAAGAAUGAGAGUAAAGACGCUGAAACAAAAGCGAGGACAUCUUCGUCUACACUUCCCGUAGAGUCAGAGCAUCACGCGAUUGCCGCAGCAGAGGGCGGAGACUCUGAUGGUGAUCAAAGAGACAGCUGUGUACCAGAAGAUCUGCUUCCAAUUGACCCUCGUGAAACAUCAUCUCCCCUUGUGUCCACCUGCCACAGAUUCUCAGUCGCUGAGACCUCCAUGGAGAGGCAGAUCCAUGAGGAAGUCCAGGGGAUUCAGAGCCUGCAGAGAGCCGGUGGUGUCUUCAACCUCGCAGAUAAUCCAGAUGUGCUAGAGAUUCCCUUUAAAACCAACAUCUUGCUUGAGCCACUUUCCUCUAAGGACGACCCAGACCAGCGCACUGACUGGCAAUUCUCCGAGCAGAAGAUGAAGAAGGAGAUAAGUCAGGAGAUUCAGAGAGAGCUGGUGCUGGUCAACCAGGGGAAGAUCCCAGGGGGGUACAGCAAAGGGGAAGUCCGUCAGUUAAAGGAGACAAAACUGCUGUUUGAGGCUUUCCAGCAGGAUAACACGGGGGGUCCAACAAGAAACCGGAAACCCCCUGCCUCACUGAUGAAAGGUCAUGUUUACCCUUCUGUGUUGGAGCGCACUCGAAGCCUGGAGUUGCUUUCACACAAAAGUUGCCCCGUUUCCAGAACACAUUCCCUCAGGCUGUGUAAAGAGACUGAGAAAAGUCCUGAAAUCUUAAGAUCGAGGAGCCCAACAGGUGGUUCUCGAGACAAAACACGUUUAGCCCCCUACGCAAAACAAGACAAACACACACGCCCGUACAAAAGCAUGGACUCAAUAAACACAGAUGUCUCUAUGCCAGCUGUGGAGACCAGGAGCAAAUCUAGGGAGGGAAACCUGGGGAUAGAAUCUCCAAUCCUCAAACAAAACCCCUUCUUCAAGUUACGUCCAGCGCUGGCUCUGCAGCCAGAGGUAGAGAAGGACAUCCGGGAGGCCAAAGAAAGAGAGGAGGAGCUGCGCAGACAGAGAUGCACUCUGUACGGAGAGAACAGGCAGAACAGUGAAGAUGGAGAUAAGUCUCGAUUCAACCCAACACUCGAAUCAGACGUCAGGAAACUGUCCAGGGGGAAACUGGAACGGGUUUGGCCGCCACCCUCCAAGAAAGACCAGAUGAAAUCUGAGCAGACACAGCAGGAGCCAAAGGUUCACAGAGCAGGAGGUCAGAAGGCUCCUCUGUGGCAGCGCUGGGAGUCCGGCCUGAUCAACGGGAAGCCGUCAAACUGA